AUGUACUCCUCCCGACGUAAUGGUCAAAUUACUGAUUUACCAAAUAACCAUACGAGUUCGAGAAUGACGACAUCGGUAUUGUCGUCACGUCAUCCACAUCACUCGAAUCGUUAUACAACACGAUCAAAAACGAGUUUGAAUGGAACAUAUCCAUCUCGUAUGCCUAGCGCUGAUAAGGUUGAAAAUCGUGAUCGUGAAAUUGAACGACUUCAUCGUGUACUUGAUGGUGGUCGUUCCGCUGAUGCACUUUCACUUGAAUCAAGAUUAAGAAGUAAUGAGAAGGUCAUUGCUAAUCAAAAUGCACAAAUUGACUUUCUCCAUGAAAGAAAUCGUGUAUUAGAACAACGUGUUCAAGAAUUAACAGAACUUAAACGUAAUUUAACAGACAAACAAUUCGAAGAACGUCUUAAAAAUAAUGAUCUUCUUCGAGAUCUUAAGGAUUUUGAUCGCCUUGCACGAAAAGUUAAAGCCGAUAAAGAUUAUACUGUUGAAGCAGCUGAUCGAGAAUUAACUGAAGCUAAAAUUGAAAUUCAACAUAAUCUUCGAGAAAUGCAAUCACUCGAUGCUAGAGUUGCCUGCUUAACUUCCGAGAAAAAAGAUUUAAUCGAAGAAUUUCAAACACUGAAGAACCAAUAUGCUGAACGUGAAAAUGAAGUUUUUCGUUUACAAGAACUUCUUGAACGUAUGCAAUCUGACAAAACAAAAUUAAGUCGACGAGUUUCAAAAUUUGUUCUGAAUGAAAAAGAUCUUUUACAAGAAUUACAAAAAUGUCGUCGUACAACAAAAGCUCCAACACCAACAGCAUCUGGUGCUUCAUCAACGAAAAAACUUUCUCUUCCUGCUCGACUUGAUAUUCAUUUAAAAAAUGUUGAAGAUGAACGUGAUAUGUAUAAAAAUGAAACAGAAAUUUUACAAAAAUUACUUAAUGAACGUUUACUUGGAAAAUCAUCAUCAUCAUCGCCAUCCACCGCACGUUUACGUGGUCGUUCAUUAUCACCAACACCUGGUAUGCGUUCAACAGUUCGUCGGGAUAUGGCCACAUCACCUGUUAUACAACUUAGUAAACGAUUAGCAAGUAAUUCAAGUGCAUCACCAACACGUUGUACUGUAUGUGGAAUUAAUCGAAAUCGAUUAUCACCAACAAGGGACUUUACUUCAUAUGAAACUCAAUUAAGAAAUCUUGAAGAAGAACGUGAUCGCUUGCGAAGAGAACUUAGUAAAUAUAAACGAUCAUCAAGAGACAAAGACAUAGAUGAACCUCAAUUAGCUAAAGUUAUACGAGAAAAAGAAGACUUACAAUUAUUAUUAAAUAAAUUUGAACGUCAUAUGGCAGAAAUUCAAGGUAAUAUAAAAGUUCUUACCAAUGAACGAGAUAAUUUAAAUGUUCUCUAUGAACAAACAAAAGAAGAAUUACAAAAAGCUCGUCAUGAUCUUCUUCAAAAUGCUCAAACACCUAAAGUUUCUCUUGCUGCUCAAUCAAUUUUACGUAAAGUUGAAAAUGAACGUGAUGCUGCAAUUGUCGAAGCACGUACCACAACAAAUGAACGUGAUUCAUUACGAGAACGUUUAAGAAUUGCAACAGACACUGGAUUAAAUGAACGUGCACGAUAUGAACAACGUAUUGAAGAUCUUCAAAUUGAAAUACGAAAACUUGAUAACGAUCGUGAAGAAAUUCUUCAACAAAAUCAUUUGUUACGUGAAGAAAUGAAAAAUUUUGAAAGUAAACUUGAUGAACAAUCAUUUACAAUUUCACAAUUAAAUCAAGAAUUAAAUGAUCAAAAAACAACAUCAUCACAACUAAGAUAUUUAUCUGAAGAAGCUGAACGUCUUGUACAAGAAAAUCAACGACAAUUAAAUUUAAAAAAAGAAGAACUUCGAGCACAAGAGGAUAAAGCAUUAAGAUUUGAAAAGAAGCUUUAUGAAUUACAAGAAGCAAAUAAAGGUAUUAAAGAUGAUUUUCAUGUUGUUCGCACAACAGUCCAAACACUUGACAAAGAAAAAGAUCGUUUGUGUGGUGAACUUGAUCUAAAAGCAGAAGAAAAUUUACACUUAAUACAAGAAAUUAAUUCCAAAACACGCCGUAUUGAAGAACUUAAUAUGAUGGUGUCUGAAUUAGAAGCUGCACUAGAUCGUUCAAAAGAUGAUACAAAACAAAAAUUAAAAGAAAUAACAAGUAUGAGAAUGCAACUUGAUCGAAAUCUUGAAGAAUUAAAUGAAUAUCGACGUAAACUUGAUCUCAAUGCACGAGAUAAUAAACGUUUACAAGAUGAUCUUUUAACUGUUACACGUGAAAAUCAAGUAGGAAUUGAAAUUUUCAAAAAAUCUUAA